GUGACGUCAUCAAAGGGAACCAGGAAGUGACUACUGCUGACACAGGUACGAGACUGGGACGACAACACAGCAAGCAGGGCGACGAAGGAGAGCUGGCUGCGCCAACGUCUGGUUAAAUCCAUAAAGAAACGAUGAAAGGUUGCGUCCGGACUGGAUUUGAGGCAUCGCCAAGGGCACGGCCGCUUUGCUAAAUGGAGUCGGAGCAGCUGUACCACAGAGGCUACUCCAGGAACAGCUACAACAGCAUCGCCAGCGCCAGCAGCGACGAGGAGCUGCUCGAUGGAGCCGGCGUCGUCAUGGACUUCCACACCACCGAGGACGACAAUCUCCUCGACGGGGACGCUUCCUCCCCAGGGUCCCACUACGCCAUGUCGAACGGGGGCGGUGCACCCAGCAGCUCCACCCACCUGUUGGACUUCCUAGAGGAACCCAUUCCGGGCGUGGGCACCUACGACGACUUCCACACCAUCGACUGGGUGCGAGAGAAGUGCAAGGACCGUGAGAGGCACCGCAAGAUCAACAGUAAGAAGAAGGAGUCUGCGUGGGAGUUCACCAAGAGUCUGUAUGACGCCUGGUCCGGAUGGCUCGUGGUCACGCUCACGGGCUUAGCCUCCGGCGCGUUGGCGGGCCUGAUCGACAUCGCCGCCGACUGGAUGAACGACCUGAAGGAGGGCGUGUGCCUGAGCGCCAUGUGGUUCAACCACGAGCAGUGCUGCUGGACGUCCAACGAGACCACCUUCGCCGAGAGGGACAAGUGCCCCCAGUGGAAGAGCUGGGCCGAGCUCAUCCUGGGCCAGGCUGAGGGACCGGGCUCGUACAUCAUGAACUACUUCAUGUACAUCUACUGGGCGUUGUCCUUCGCCUUCCUCGCCGUGUGUCUCGUCAAAGUGUUUGCUCCGUACGCCUGCGGAUCGGGAAUUCCGGAGAUCAAGACCAUCCUGAGCGGGUUCAUCAUCAGGGGCUACCUGGGCAAGUGGACCCUGAUGAUCAAGACGGUGACUUUGGUGCUGGCGGUGGCGUCGGGCCUGAGUCUGGGCAAGGAGGGCCCGCUGGUGCACGUGGCCUGCUGCUGCGGCAACAUCUUCUCCUACCUCUUCCCCAAGUACAGCAAGAACGAGGCCAAGAAGCGAGAGGUCCUGUCGGCCGCCUCUGCGGCCGGCGUGUCGGUGGCGUUCGGGGCGCCCAUCGGCGGUGUUCUCUUCAGCCUGGAAGAGGUCAGCUACUACUUCCCUCUCAAGACGCUGUGGCGCUCCUUUUUCGCCGCCCUGGUGGCCGCCUUCGUCCUGCGCUCCAUCAACCCCUUUGGAAACAGCCGCCUGGUGCUGUUCUACGUGGAGUACCACACGCCCUGGUACCUGUUUGAGCUCCUCCCCUUCAUCCUGCUGGGCGUUUUUGGGGGCCUGUGGGGCGCCUUCUUCAUCCGGGCCAACAUCGCUUGGUGCCGGCGACGCAAAUCCACCCGCUUCGGCAAGUUUCUCCAAGAACUCCAUCCAUCCAUCCCGUGCGAUCCCGUCACCCGGAUUUCGACGGGCCCAAAUCGGGGACUCGAACGCACGGCGUCGAGGGUGACGGCGGGUCGCUGGUUUCCCCUCAGGCAAGUACCCAGUUUUGGAGGUGAUCCUGGUGGCGGCCGUGACGGCCGUGGUGGCCUUCCCCAACCCGUACACGCGGCAGAACACCAGCGAGCUGAUCAAGGAGCUGUUCACCGACUGCGGGCCGCUGGAGUCGUCGCAGCUGUGCCAAUACCGCAGCCGCAUGAACGGCAGCAAGGCCUUCACGGACGGCCCCGACCGGCCCGCCGGGCCCGGCGUCUACGCCGCCAUGUGGCAGCUGUGCCUGGCGCUGGUCUUCAAGAUCAUCAUGACCAUCUUCACCUUCGGCCUCAAGGUUCCGUCGGGUUUGUUCAUUCCCAGCAUGGCCAUCGGGGCCAUCGCCGGGCGCAUCGUCGGCAUCGCCGUGGAGCAGCUGGCGUAUUACCACCACGACUGGUUCCUGUUCAAGGAGUGGUGCGAGGUCGGCGCCGACUGCAUCACGCCAGGCCUCUACGCCAUGGUGGGGGCCGCCGCCUGCCUGGGCGGCGUGACCCGCAUGACCGUCUCCUUGGUGGUCAUCGUCUUCGAGCUGACGGGCGGCCUGGAGUACAUCGUGCCCCUCAUGGCCGCCGUCAUGACCAGCAAAUGGGUGGGCGACGCCUUCGGCCGCGAGGGCAUCUACGAGGCGCACAUCCGCCUCAACGGCUACCCCUUCCUGGACGCCAAGGAGGAAUUCACGCACACCACGCUGGCCCGGGAGGUGAUGCGGCCGCGCCGCUGCGACCCGCCGCUGGCCGUGCUGACGCAGGACGACCUGAGCGUGGAGGACCUGCAGGGGGUCAUCAACGAAAGCAGCUACAACGGCUUCCCCGUCAUCGUGUCCAAGGAGUCCCAGAGGCUCGUGGGGUUCGCUCUGCGCAGGGACAUCACCAUCGCCAUCGAGAACGCCCGGCGCAAACAGGAGGGCAUCGUGUCGAACUCCCGGGUGUACUUCACCCAGCACGCCCCCACCCUGCCCGCCGACAGCCCCCGCCCCCUCAAGCUGCGCUCCAUCCUGGACAUGAGCCCUUUCACCGUCACCGACCACACCCCCAUGGAGAUCGUGGUGGACAUCUUCCGCAAGCUGGGCCUGCGCCAGUGCCUGGUCACCCACAACGGGAUAUUGUUGGGCAUCAUCACAAAGAAGGAUGUGUUAGAGCAUCUGGAGGAGCUCAAGCGCCGCGCAGAGUCCCUGGCGGCUUCUGGGCAUCAUCACCAAAAAGGAUAUCCUGCGUCACAUGGCUCAGAUGGCAAAUCAAGAUCCCGAGUCCAUCAUGUUCAACUGAUCCGAUCCUUUCGGGACGAGGACGAGGACGAAGAGGAAAGAGUUUGCCUCUUGGACGACACCUACCGUUGACAUUCAGGCCUUGUUUUUCCUUUUUUUGUGCACUCGCUCCGCCAGAGUCCGUUGACGGCUACUGACAAACGGCGGCGGUCCCAAUUGUCGCUUCCUCUUGAAUCUGCUGCUCGGCAAGAUCGUUUUGUGAAGUAAAAAAAAAAAAAAAAAGAUAUCUGUGAAGUCAUCGCGUGCGACUUUUACUUUCCACUACUGCUACCACUUUAACGGAUCGGCUGCGGCUCACCCUUGGCCCGCUCGUGUGCUCGAAAAUCAACGAGCGGGGGUGGACUUUUAACCACAAAUCAGCUCCCUCCCCCCCCAUUUUAAUGUCGACGCUUGAGCCGGCAAUAAUUUUGUCACCACAAAAAGUAGAAAAAAACGGAACGUGUCGCUUUGUGAUCUUUUUCUCCCCACGACGAAGCCGCCGGCGCGCGUGGCCACGUCCGUCCGUCCGUCCGUCCGUCCUGCUGAGGCCCGCCGUCGAGCCGUCCGCGUCUCUUAAUUUAUCAGGUCGUGUAACGUUGUGAUCUUUGCUUUCUUGGAUUGUACAUUUGAAACAUGAAGGAAGUGUUCAUUAAAUUUGGAUUGAAAUUUCAA